CACCGAGGGAACAUAUUCCAACAAACGCUCUCAAAACUCGCCCCGCGGGCGUUAUUUCCUUCUAACUGACUGGAUGAAGGGGGUCCAGCCCUCCCCGGGCUUCCUUUCUCUUCCAUCUCUCACCAGCUCACUAAUCUGAUCUUUCAGCAGGAGUUUGAUGUGUGAGCGCGUCAGGAAAGCGCGCGUUAUUGUUACUAUUUUCUGUACGCGUCCUUGGAUUUCCGUCAAUGUUUCAGGAAUGUAAACUAUUCUGCUGGAAUUAUAAAUUCAGGGUUAAACGGGAAAGAAGCAGAUAGAGUUGGAGUCUUUGAAUUCCGUGGCUUGGUUUAUAUGAACCUGUUGUGUGGAUUUGUGGACGGUGGAAACUCCGGGGCCAUGUGGCGCUUUUGGGUCACCGAUCAGCGCUCGGUUCGCGUCCAGAUCAUGUGGCUGCUCGUUUGUUCGCUGAUUGCAAUGACGAGCUGCGAAAAUUAUGGCACACAGGUCCAGGUGAUGUCCUCCAAAACGCUCAGGGCUUCAAACACACGCAGCAAUGUAACAGACAGCAAUCACCUCACAGACUUGUACCAGAAGGAAGAGAUCAUCAUGGUCAAGGGCGGAGGUCAUGUCCAGAGCCCACGGUUCCCCAACGCAUACCCGCGCAACCUGCUGUUGUCAUGGAAACUGCUCUCACCCCCCCAUACCCGCCUCCUACUGGAGUUUGAUGCUCAGUUUGGACUGGAAGUGGCAGAGAAUGGAGUCUGCAGGUAUGAUUUUGUGGAAGUGGAGGAUAUUUCUGAGACCAGCACCAUCAUUUGGGGCCGCUGGUGCGGUCAGAGAGCUCCAUCACGAAUCACGUCCAAAACAAACCUCAUCAAAAUCACCUUCAAGUCAGACGAUUACUUUGUAGCAAAACCCGGAUUCAAAAUCUGUUAUUCUCUGCUGGACCGCUCACCUCUCGCGUCUCUCAUGAACUGGGAAACUGUUACAGUGAUGUCAGACCUGGGGGUGAUUUCCGGGACGGACAUCCCACUGUCUGUGUCUGAGCUGGAUCAUGACAUCGCCAGUGUCAACACGGUGGAAGAGCUGCUGAGACACCUGAACCCGUUUACCUGGCAAGAAGACCUGGAGCAGCUGUAUACACACACGCACUACUACAGGCCACGAGCAUUUUACACUGACCGCAAACAUAAACUGGAUCUCGACCGUCUCAAUGACGACGUGAAGCAGUACAGCUGCACGCCACGUAAUUUCUCAGUGAAUCUCCGUGAGGAGCUGAAGGCGACCAAUGCUGUGUUUUUCCCGAGAUGCCUGCUGGUGCAGCGAUGUGGGGGAAAUUGUGCGUGUGGCACCGAAAACUGGAACUCCUGCAGCUGCAGCGCUGGCAAAACAGUCAGGAAACUGCACGAGGUGUUGAAGUUUUCCCCGGGUCAGAAUUUCUACGUGAAGAGAACACACGCUCGCUGGGUUCUGGAGGAAAUCUACUUACAACACCACGAGAGGUGUGACUGUGUGUGUCCGUCGAGACCGCCAAGAUGAACAACACACACAGUCACACAGUACUACCAUUCAGACAUAUACAGUAUCUCCAGGUCAAGCUUCCACUUAAACAAAACCUUUUAAUAAAAUGUAAGACGCACACACACUCGCCCGUCUCUCCAGAAAUGUAGCUUUAACUGUUUUAAUUCUUGUCAUUUAGAUGUUAUUGUGUCUAGUAAAGUUAUAUGGAACUCACCAAUAGAAUCUACAUGAAUAUUAAUGAGGCUUUUGCUCUCACAGGCCAAACAAAACUCGCCGAGGGGGCAUUUUUAUUUUUUAAAUUUUUUUUUUAGCCAAUCUAAUCCAAGCAGUGUUAUUUAUUAAAAGCAAUGUCUUUGUCUUUUUUAUAUCUGUGAUCAUGUUGUUGUAUGUGAAUUUCGUUUUUAUAUACUCUUUUUGUUGUUGUUGUUGUUGUUGUUGUUGUGUGAUCGGAAUUGAUAUUGAGGUGAAUCUUAAAAAAAACAUGUUCAGGUUAUGUUUCAGCUCUAAAUCAAAAAGAACAAAAUAUUUUGCAUAAUGAAAAAGCUUAUUUUACAAUCUGAAAUUAUUUCCAGAACAAUUAAACGCAUUUCCCCACCCGCAAAUUCCCAUUACCACAAUGCAUGUAGGUGUUUUUAAAAAAAAGCAGGUAAUGCAAUAAUUUCUUUAUUUAAUUAUCAGCAUAAAUGAAAGGCAAUACAACAUAUUAUUGCAUUACUGUAAUGAGAAUUACAAAAUGAUGUCUGUUUUUAGUACCAUUAUGAUUUUAUGCAAUGUGACAUUCCAAUACAUAAAUGAGAAUUGUACGUGUAUGUGGUGCAUUAUUGAAAAUUAGAAAAUGAUGUCAUAAUGCAAAUAAUCAUUAGGGUACUAAAAAAGGCUUCAUUUUCUUUAAGUAGAAUAAAACAAUUGUGAGUUCCUCCCAUUGGGUAUUGGGUGAGGAUUUGAAAAACAGGACCAAGAAUAUAAACGCACACAAACACACUCUUUGGCCUCUCAAAGUGGUCUAGCCAGAGGUCAUGACUAGCAAUGUGCACGGAUAGUCAAUAUUCAGUUAACCGUUCAAUGUGUCACUAUUUGAAUACCAAAAUCACUAUUCGCUUAAUCUACACGUGCAGUAGAAGUCUUCAACCAGACCCCAACUCAAUGAGUUCCGACAAACCGUUGGGUUUUCUGGCUGGGUUUGGGUCCGUUUUUCAAGUAUAGGGUGAGUUAGGGGCUGUUCAAACAUGCUUUGGUGUGCAUCUGCGCUGUUUUUCUAUAUUCUGUUAAUGCGCACUGGACGGACGUCUUUGUUGCGUUUUUCUUUCAGCAUCUCACGUAGGAUCGCCGCAUUUUUAGAUGCCAAAUAAAGUUAAAAAUAACUUACAUUUUUAUAAAUGCAUCUCAAAAUGCCCGCAUUGCAUUUCAUUCGCUGUGCUGUGUUCUGUAGAAGUUCAGGUUACACCAUUAUAAAUGAUUACAGGUUGUUUUUCACCCAGCAAAGGUUUAGUGCCUGACAAAUGUUAAGACAAUAAUAAAACAAAUUAAAUGCCAUUUGAUUUUAAAUCAUUUCAAAAUCAAAGCACCCCGAAGAAGCUAUUUAAACUGCAGCAGUGUAACUCCAGGCACAUGACAUUACGUGUGUUAGCUGCCUCACGGAAAUGUGAACCUGCUCAGGUGGCUUGCUGUGAUGAGGAGGAGGGCGGGGCCAGGCCGUGAGGACACACAGCUGGCCCUGAAUCGGGCUAAUCAGCCGGGAGGGGGAUAAAGACGAGCCGGAGGCACCAGUUCGAGAGAGAGAGAGAGAGAGACGCACGUGGCCACGUUGUGUGUGUCUUUAUGUUUUAUGUUAUUUUAAGUUCAUUUAUAUCAUUAAACUUUACGUUGACCGUUCAGCCGGUUCCCACCUCCUCCUUGCCCAUCCCUUACCCUGUUACAUUGGUGCCAAACCCCGCAAAUGAGGAGGGAUGCGCUGUCGUGGAGUCCUUGCCGCUGCUGUCCGCCAAAGGAGCAGCCGCGGCCGUCUGCCUGGGGAUGGAAGGGUCGGAGGAACCGCUGCCAUCCGCCGAAAAGAGGAGGAGCGGUUCCAUCCAUCCGGGGUCAGAGGUCUCACUGCCAUCCGCUGGGGAAGGAGCGAGUUGUCGUCCACCAGAGGGCAGAAGAGCAGUUGAGAACCGGGUGACAGUGUGUCUGGGAACCGGCAAGCAAGUUUUUUUCUCUCUCUCCUCUCUCUCUGUUGGUCUGCCUCGCUCUUUCCCUCUUCCCUUUCCCUCCCCUGAUCUCUCCCAGGGCUCCAGAAAGGUGGGGAAGACCUGCCGGCAGGCACGGCUGGAAGGGCAACGCCCCCCCUCCAGGAAGGGAGGGGAGUGCGUCAUGCCGGGGGUUUCCCCGACCUGAGUCGGGUGAUAGAGGAGUGUGAGGAGUACAUGUGCAUAUACAGUCAGUGACAGUUUGAUUAUUUUGUUUGACUUUAAUGUGAGAUUUUAUCAUUUGAAGGUCUAUCCUUUUGGUUAAUCGAAUGUUAAAAACGGUAACCGUGCACAUCCUUAGACACCCCAUCACUUUUACCCUCAAGGCAUGCCACAGCUUGCCUGGUCUAAGAAGCUUAGCAAGGCUGGGUUUGGUUAGGACUUUCCAAAGUGGUUUGUUGAUGUGUUUCUCCAACCAACAUAGGCAUUGCAUUCUAGUCACACACACACGCUACACUCCCAACCGUUCAUGUAAUUGGCUUGCAUAUUUGUUAGGGCUGUCAACCGAUUAACAUUUUUAAUCAAUUUAAUUACAUGAUGUGCUGAUUAUUAAUGCCAUAUUUCAAUAUAUACUGAUAAUAAUAAAGAAUAUUUCUGUUUGAGCAAGAACAAAAGAUUGCUUCCAUCAGGCUCGAGCCUGACAGUCGUUGUUGUAAACACUGCAACUCCAAAAAUCAUGUGUAAAGAAGAUGCUGAAAAAAGGGAUUGAGCUUCUUGUCUGUCACUUUUACUUAACAGAACAAUCAAUCAUUACUAAGGCCGGAUUACUCCAUGAAAUAACACCACUCAAGCAUGAAUAUCAAACGUGUUAGCUGGGUACCUUUUAAAUGUAAGCUACACCCUAAAGAAAAUGGUCCUGAAUUGUAAUUUUUAAGGACUAAAAAAGCUCAUAUUGGCUAUAUCAAGAAAUCAAAUCCAAAUAGAAUGGCAUACGUAUAUGAACAUAAAACUAAUUGUAUCGGUACUCUUGUGUCGGCGAUACCUAAAACUAGGUAUUUGUAACUUGUAUCGCUCUUGAAAAAUGAUUAUCAGUGCAUCUCUAAUUUAAUGUUGUAUUAUUAGCCUACUUCUAUCAGAGCUACUUUUAAUUGUCGGUCUAUGUACUCACGUGUUAUAUGGAUGCUAUUGGAGCAUCUCACUUUGGAUGCAUCGCGAUUCGUGAGUUUUCAGCGUCUAUGGUCAUAAGCGCUGUGUUUUUAGGCCGCUGUGUCAAGUUAAAUGUAAUUUGAAACGUUGAAAAGCGGCACUUGAGAUACCUGUAUUCUGCUGUGCUCUGUCCAACUGUCUUUUAACGCAAAAAAUUAUUAUGGAUUUUACACACGGAUCGGGGGCAUGACAAUUGCAUUCAUAUUUUUUCAUAUAGUCACACCAAAUUAAGGCAGCCCUAAUAUUUAUUGGUGUAGAUGGAUGACAAGAUGCCUCUCCCUUUUCUCAUAUGGUUCACUGCAGCUAAACUCUGUGUGUGCGUGUUGUACAGUACCGAUGCAACGCUUCAGUAGUCAGGAGGCCCCUGACUCUCCUUUAUCUCCUUGUAAAUCUGCAAGGGUUCUUCUGUUCCUGUUCUGAGUUUAAUUUACUGGCCCCAGGGCCCCCGAGGAACUCAUUCAUUUCGCUGUGAGCUGCAGUACAGCGGGAGUGCAGCACGACCGGGAGAGAUGUUGACAGAAUGGAUUUAGCCUGUAAUUGUGAGGCUUUUAGGAUGCUUUUAUUAAACUGUAGGAUGAGCAAAAUUAAAGCAAUGAUUCUUCCUGGUCUCCCCAAAGAAGUCACAACAGGAGAUUCCUUCCGUGGUGUAAAUGAGCAUUGCUUCUGUCAGAUAUAUUAUUGGUGGCACACGUAACCAAAGCACAGGUCUGAUGUCUGCACUGAUAAACUGAAAUCACCAAAAGCCCCGCUCGACAACAUGAAUCUUGUCAUAAAAGCACCAAAAUAAAUGAACUUUCUCAUGUU